UGCGCCUCACCUGUGCCGCUCUCUCCCCAAAGCGUUAUAUAUAGACCAAAUUCAAAGCAGUCAAGUUCAUCUGGUUUCCCCCGUAAGACACUCGACUAACAGCGGGAACACAGACAAAGAAGAAAGAGAACACUAAAACAAACAUUCUAAAAAACCUUUUUAUUUUUUUAUUUAUUUUUUUUAUUUUUUCAAUGGCGAAUGCAAUUGAUCAAGAUCAGCAAUGGCUGCUCAACUGCUUGACUGCGACACUGGAUACAAACCAAGAGGUCAGAUCCUUUGCUGAAGCAUCGCUCAAUCAAGCGUCCCUGCAACCAGGUUUUGGAGGUGCUUUAUCCAAGGUAGCUGUAAACAAGGAGCUUCCAUUGGGAUUACGCCAGCUAGCUGCAGUCCUUCUGAAGCAAUUCAUAAAAAAACAUUGGCAGGAAGGUGAAGAGACCUUUGAGCAUCCGGUUGUCUCAAGGGAAGAAAAGGCAGUUAUACGCCAGCUUCUUCUCUUGUCGUUGGAUGAUCCUCAUGGAAAAAUCUGUACAGCAGUUGGAAUGGCUGUAGCAUCCAUUGCUCACUAUGAUUGGCCGGAGGAUUGGCCUGACUUAUUGCCAUUCCUCUUGAAGUUGAUUGGUGACCAGACCAAUAUGCAUGGAGUGAAUGGAGGUCUAAGGUGCUUGGCUCUUCUCUCUAGUGAUUUGGAUGAUACUGUAGUACCAACAUUAGUGCCUGUUCUGUUCCCAUGCUUGCAUUCGAUUGUAUCAUCUCCCCAGGUAUAUGACAAGCCUUUGCGCAUGAAGGCACUUUCAAUAGUUCACUCAUGUACUUCCAUGCUGGGGGUGAUGAGUGGCAUGUAUAAGAGUGAAACCAGUGCAUUGAUGCUGCCGAUGCUUAGAUCAUGGAUGGAACAAUUCUCCAUUAUAUUACAACCUCCUGUACAGUCUGAGGAUCCUGAUGAUUGGAGCAUCAGGAUGGAGGUGUUGAAAUGUUUGAAUCAGUUUGUUCAGAAUUUCCCGAGCCUUACAGAAUCAGAGUUUUCUGUUAUAGUGACACCUCUGUGGCAGACAUUUGUGUCAUCUCUAAAAGUCUACGAGCAAUCAUCAAUUCAAGGUUCGGAUGAUCCCUAUUUGGGAAGAUAUGAUUCAGACGGUUCAGAAAAAAGCCUCGAGUCCUUUGUCAUCCAGUUAUUUGAGUUUUUGUUGACCAUCGUGGGUAGCUCUAAAUUGGUGAAGGUCAUCAUGAAGAAUGUCAAAGAGUUGGUAUAUUAUACUAUUCCAUUUUUGCAGAUAACAGAGCAACAGGCUCAUACUUGGUCAUUGGAUGCUAACCAGUAUCUUGCCGAUGAGGAUGAAGUUACUUAUAGUUGUCGUGUUUCUGGAUCUCUGUUACUAGAAGAAGUUGUUGUCACUUGUGGUGGAGAAGGAAUUACUGCUGUAAUAGGAGCUGCUCAAAAGCGGUUUAGUGAGUCACAACAAGAAAAAGCGGCUGGUUCUUCUGGCUGGUGGAGAAUAAGGGAGGCCACCAUUUUUGCUUUGUCUUCAAUUUCAGAGCCAUUGGUCGAAGCACAGGAUUCUAUAUCAAAAGAGCUUGCUGUAGGAAAUCUACUAGAGAAAAUUUUAACUGAAGAUAUUGGAACAGGUAUAAAUGAAUAUCCCUUUCUUCAUGCACGGGUAUUUUCAGCUGUUGCCAAGUUCACUUCCAUGGUUAGCCAGGGAGUUCUUGAGCAAUUCCUCUUUGCUGCUAUUAAGGCAAUUGGUCUGGACAUCCCUCCACCUGUAAAAGUAGGUACUUGUCGGGCUGUUUCCCAGCUCUUACCAGAAGCUAACAAAGAAAUGCUGCAGCCCCAUAUAAUGGGUUUACUUUCAUCACUAACAGAUCUUCUUAAGCAUGCAUCUGAUGAAACCCUACACCUUGUGUUGGAGACACUUCAAGCAGCGGUUAAGGCAGUAGGUCACGAGGCAUCAACAUCAAUAGAAUCCAUUAUUUCUCCUAUCGUUCUUAAUAUGUGGGCACAACAUAUCUCAGAUCCAUUCAUUAGUAUAGAUGCUGUUGAAGUUCUGGAGGCAAUUAAGAAUUCUCCUGGAUGUAUUCACCCUCUUGUUUCUCGGAUUUUACCUUCUAUUGGACCCAUACUAGAUAAGCCACAGAAGCAACCCGAUGGAUUAGUAGCUGGCUCCUUGGAUCUUGUAACUAUGCUGCUGAAGAAUGCUCCAAUUGACAUUGUGAAAGCUGUGUUUGAUGUUUGCUUCAAUUCAGUUAUCCGGAUAGUCCUUCAAAGUGAUGAUCAUAGUGAGUUGCAGAAUGCUACUGAAUGUUUGGCCACUUUUGUAUCUGGAGCAAAACAUGAAGUGCUUUCCUGGGGUGUUGAUCCAGGGUCUACAAUGAGAAGUCUACUUGAGGCAGCUUCCAGGCUUCUUGACCCAGAUUUGGAAAGUUCUGGAUCACUAUUUGUUGGUAGCUACAUUCUACAACUUAUUUUGCAUUUGCCUUUGCAAAUGGCACAACAUAUCCGGGAUCUCAUUACAGCUCUUGUUAGGCGCAUGCAAUCUUGUCAAAUUGCAGCUUUGAAAAGUUCGUUGCUGGUUAUUUUUGCAAGAUUGGUGCAUCUAAGUUGCCCAAAUGUUGAGCAGUUCAUUGACUUGCUGAUCACUCUGCCGGCUAAAGAUCAUGAAAAUGCUCUUGUGUAUGUAAUGUCAGAAUGGACAAAGCAACAAGGGGAAAUUCAAGGGGCCUAUCAAAUUAAAGUGACAACAACAGCUUUGGCCCUACUGCUCUCCACAAGGCAUGUUGAACUGUCAAAAAUUUAUGCCCAAGGUCAUCUUAUUAAGUCAACUGCAGGCAUAGUUACUCGGUCAAAAGCCAAAGUAGCUCCAGAUCAAUGGACUAUGAUGACACUUCCCGCAAAGAUACUUGCCUUGUUGGCAGAUGUAUUGAUAGAGAUCCAAGAGCAAGUUUCUGUUAGUGAUGAUGAGGAUAGUGACUGGGAAGAAGAUACAGAUGCAAAUGGUGACACUAUCCAAGACUUGCUAUAUUCAUCCAGUACAACAUUCAACAAGCCCAAAUUUGAACAUCUUGACAGGAUGGCAAAAAUUUUUAAUGAGAGCCAUGACGACAAUGAUGAAGAUGACCUUCUAAGUGGGUCAGACCCUAUUAAUGAGAUUAACCUGGCUAAUUUUAUUGUGGAUUUCGUAAUAAAGUUCUCCAACGGUGACAGAAUGGUAUUCGAUCAUCUUUUCCAGAAUUUGGCACAGGCUCAGCAGAGCGCAAUACAGACGGUCCUGAAUCGAUAACACAGCUUAAUUCCUGUUUGUAUAUUAUAAGUUUGUAAUAAUUAGUGAUUGUAACUUUAAUAUUUGAUUGACCAUUAGUUAAUUUAUCAUAUUCUUGCAGCACCAACCUUAGGUCGGUAUGGUUGAGUUUGUAAAGUUGAAGUGCUCCCUCUGGUUCCAGAUUUUGGUUUGCCUUUCAGUUGAGUGUCCACCAUGUGUGGGUCCAUCUUAUUUUAUCUUUGUACGGUUUGCAUUCUAUUCUUUACGGAUUUAUUUGGAAAUAACUCUUGUUUAGAUGUAUUUAAAAUGUCUUUAAUCUUUAUUAUUUA